AGUCGCAGUCGCGGCCUUUCACAUAUCGUUACUCGAUUUUCCCGCGAUUUCUGGUUUGUUUGUGGACGGUACCAGCUGGUUUAUUGCGCAUCUGGUCGCCCGGGCGAGUCAGAGUGUCGGUUCGGACGGUUCCCCUCCAGCUCCGCGGUCGGAGGGUUAUAUCGAUCUCUGUGAGCCUGUUACAAUUUUUCUGCUUGCCUCUACCCGAAACCCAUGAUGUUCGUUGAAUUCAUUAGCCGCUGAGCGCUACUACCUGUCCCUAUUCCGGGACGGGAUGUCCCCCCAGUAACAUGCCUCACUGCGCCUCCGCCGCCAAGUUGAGGCUGAGACGACAGUCUGUCCCCUCCGCCCCCUGGGUGUCCCUGCGCUCCCGCGGACUCAGCGUCUGUCUCCGCUCUCGCACAGUUAAGCGCCUCGCCCAAGCGCCUCCCGUCAAGCGCCGGCCCCGCAAGAAGAAGAAGCGCCUCCCGCCUAUUGACCCUAUCGAGGAAGAGAAAUUCUUGUACGGCCACGCCUUCGAUGUCCUACUCGCGCUUGGACUGGUCCCCAGCCAGGACAGGAUAAAGCAAGAGGACGCUAUCUCUCUGGGUCUGAACAGGAUGCAUGUAAUGGAAGGAGAAUGCGAUCAAUCGUCGGAGAUGGUUGCUGAGAGCGCACCGGACCUGGUUUCCGCCAAGGCCACCGAUAUCAAGCUGUCCAAGGAGGAGCUCCCGCAGGCGGAGCAGUUGUCGGAGGUCACGAAGGAAGUGGUGAAGAGUCCGGAGUCGGACGAGGUGAAAACGUCAGCGAGCGAACCGGAACAGGAAGUCGCGGUCAACGGGGAGUCGCAGGACAAGGGUGACAGUGUGGGCGACCUAUGUGUGGAGAAUGGGAAGGAGGAGGAUAGGACAAAGGUAGAGCCGAGUGUAGGGGACAAGGAAGGAUGCCAAAGAUACAGUGAGGGACGUGCCAGUGCCAGUGCAAGUGCCGGUGCAGGAAGUGAAAGAGGGAGGGAGUGGGGGCUGCAGAGCCAAAGUCGGAAGCGAGCUGCAGCGCUAGUGGAGCCGGAGGGUGAAGGGGAGGGCUCCAGUAGCGAAAGUGAUGGCGGCAGUAAGCGGCCAAGGCUGGAAGGAGAUGACGGAGAGGAUGAGCGAGAAAGACUUGUAAGAGAGUACGUGGAGGAGUGCACGGAGAGUAUGGAGGAUAUGAGUAGAGCGGCCGAUAAACUCCACCGGGAAAUCGGGGCCCUGGGGGAACUUCUGCGUGCCAAGGAGCUGGAGUGGAACAGCAUCCUGCGACUACGGAAACUGAAGGAGGAGAUGCUGGAGCGACUGCUGCGGCGGCGGCGGCUGGCUGCUCUACUAUCGGAGAACAACGGCGUCAGGGAUGAUUGUUGCACCGAAAAACCGGUGAACAAGGGGAACAAGCAGAUGAACAGCUUGACCGUGAACAGUAUGCCGGGAGUGAACCACAUCCCUCACAACAACGCCACCAACGGAGGAGGAGGUCUGAUGAUGGUUCCUAUCGUAUCGUCUAGUCCGAGCCCUGCUCAAGUAACCAGUUCGUUCACCCGGGGUCCUCCUGCCGGUCCCCGUGUGCCCGAGCAGCUGCGGGGUCCCCGCCUGCAGCGCCCCAUCCUCCCCAAGCCGGGGCCGGGGCCCCUCGACCACAACUCCAUCGUCGGCGAAGGAAGGCAAGGAGCUAUUCUCGAUGUUAAGUCGAUCAUCGCUGACUAUAGAUCUCGCCACCCGGAGAACGUGCCCCGACGUGGCCGCCGCAUGAGACCCCAUGAGGGUGGGGGUCCCCCCAGGGCUCUAAUGGAGCCCCAGCCCCCUGUCGUGUCCUCUACUCGCAUAUCCGGCAGUCCUGCCCUGAUGAGUAUGGCGAACAUGGCACUGGGCUCUGGUUCCCACGUCAGGGAGAACCCUGGUGGACCCAGCUUUAUGGGGCAAGAGAACUCACGGCCCUCCAGUGCCGACUCUUCGCGCAGCGGCCACCACCUAGAGAUGUUACCAGCACCGGGGCUGAGUUUCAAGGACGCCCUAGUCCAGUUUGCGAAGAUGUCACAGCCCUCCAAGCCCCCACCUCCACCCCCGCCGUACCCCGAGGUGACCUUGCAUCCCGUGUCCGCUCCUCACUCCCCUCCACCACCCCACACGUCACUCCUUCACGGUAUUCUUACAAAGUCGACACCGCCCACGCUCCCCGCCCCCCACCAGCAGCCCCAUCGUGCCACCACCUUCUCUCCUACUCUAGCCCGACUUCUCACCGCCCCCGAACGCACACCCCCGCCUCACACUAGCCCCGCCAGCCACUUCCGCCCCCCUGCCUCUCGUGUCAACAUCUGCGAGAUACUGUCCUCUUCUAAGAAAAACCGAAAUGAGAUCACAAUCACUCCUGUUUCUGGUUCAAACAAGACCAAAGACGACGUUGUUUUGUUGCCUGACGAUGACGAAGAGAAUGAUGGCGACCGGUUAGUAAUAGACGAGGGCCGCGACACUGCUACCAACAGCGAGCUGCCGGAGAAUGUUCCGGAGUGUCAGGGCUGCCACCAGCGAGCUGCUCAGUUCGUGUGCGCCGGUUGUGGCAACCAGUGGUAUUGCAGUCGGGAGUGCCAGGUGUCAGCAUGGGAAGAUCACUCUGAGAUGUGUUCAGGGUAGGAGACCAACGACUGAUUUGACACAUUACAUUGUUGCAGGUGUCAGCAUGGGAAGAUCACUCUGAGAUGUGUUCAGGGUAGGAGACCAACGACUGAUUUGACACAUUACAUUGUUGCAGGUGUCAGCAUGGGAAGAUCACUCUGAGAUGUGUUCAGGGUAGGAGACCAACGACUGAUUUGACACAUUACAUUGUUGCAGGUGUCAGCAUGGGAAGAUCACUCUGAGAUGUGUUCAGGGUAGGAGACCAACGACUGAUUUGACACAUUACAUUGUUGCAGGUGUCAGCAUGGGAAGAUCACUCUGAGAUGUGUUCAGGGUAGGAGACCAACGACUGAUUUGACACAUUACAUUGUUGCAGGUGUCAGCAUGGGAAGAUCACUCUGAGAUGUGUUCAGGGUAGGAGACCAACGACUGAUUUGACACAUUACAUUGUUGCAGGUGUCAGCAUGGGAAGAUCACUCUGAGAUGUGUUCAGGGUAGGAGACCAACGACUGAUUUGACACAUUACAUUGUUGCAGGUGUCAGCAUGGGAAGAUCACUCUGAGAUGUGUUCAGGGUAGGAGACCAACGACUGAUUUGACACAUUACAUUGUUGCAGGUGUCAGCAUGGGAAGAUCACUCUGAGAUGUGUUCAGGGUAGGAGACCAACGACUGAUUUGACAC